AGGUUCAGCAGCAGAGGAUGGUUGGAGUGCAGGACAGCGUUCUCUGAAUUUAAUUCUCUUCAUUGGUUCUACAGAGCCUGAGGUGGUAGAACUUCAAUUCUUACUUUUAGAAGCCCAUUGUCAUUCUAGUUUGGGAAAUACUGCAAUUUUAAGAUGAUGAUCUAUUAUAGAAAAACAUAUAAAUAAACAUCUGUACUCACAUACGACAUCCAGUUAAGUGGAAUGGGCAAGAAGGACUCUGUAUGUAAAAGGGAGAGGGAAGGGGGUUUCAUUGUCUGUGUUUAUAACAUUACUUAGGUAAUUGUGAUGAUAUAACUGUGCCUAGAUCAGGGGUUCUCAGCCUGUGAGCAGUUCCCUGCCCAACCAAAACCUGUAGCUGUGGCCAUCAAGGGCAUUAAAAAUUGUUCCAUUGUGAAAUUAGUGCAUAUUAUCACUUCUUUAAAAGGGGUACAGUCUUGAUUAAGAAGAGUCAUAGCCUAGUGUAUAAUAAAUAAAAUGAUAUCUCACAGGUCUAGGAGGAGAGAAGAGCUGAGAUUUGUGGCAAGUCACAGAACAAAGAUGAUCUCAGAUAGCUAGGGUGCAGUAGAGCCAACAGAGAGAUCCUGUGUUUGGGGGUAAAGUAAAGUAUCAGGAGCAAUUGUGGGGAUCAGCUAGCAUUAGUGUUUCAUAGGUGGCUACCUUGGUGUGAUUUGAAGUGUCUUUAAAAACUGUGAGCAGCUUUUUGGAAGAACUCUAUAUCAUGACUCUCAGGAUUGAUGGGCAGGAAAGGAGAAGAAGAGGGAAGUGCCAUUAAAGAUUCAAUAUUUUGUUGAUGAUGCCACAAAGUGCAUUAUUGGGAAAUGACCAAGCAUCUUCUAGACCUUGUCUCCUGGAAGUAGGCAGGAAUGAGAGAGACCUGGUUUCCUUCACCCUUUAGAAGCUCUGGUGCUGUUUUCCAAAGUUAAAAAAAAUAAAUUGGGGGGGCGGGGGGAGGGUUGUCUUCAUGGCAGAGAGCCCUUUCCACAGCCGUCCUAACCCCAGGAUUGCAACGUUGGUCUUUCGGUAGGGAAAAAAUAAUGCAGCCCAUAAGGCAUUUGGAGAGCCACAUAUGGAAUCCUCCACAAGUAAACAGGUUGAGAAUCCCUGUUCUAGAGUAUGUAAAGAUACAUCUUUACAAGCCCACACAGAGCUCUUUGCUGCUACAAAAAGAUUUCUUUUGGUAGCUCACACAGUAUUAACUCAGAUAUCUGUACAUUAUACUCCAGACUUCAGUAUAGGCAAAAUCCUAAUGUAAAGUAGUCAUAAAAUACACAUUGUAUUUGAACAAUAUGGAAAGAAAAGAAAGAAAGAAAAAAGCCAGUAUCUGCUUGAAAAAGUCCUGAAGUAUAAAACAGUAGUGUUUAUAAUUUUAAACUCUCAUGCUUACUGUUUGCACAGAACUUGGUUAGACAAUUGAGUUUUACACCCUUGUAGAAAAGGUAAUUUAAUGUUUUCUUUUCCAGGCUCCUCCAUUGCCAUCCUCCUCAUCUUGACAUUUUUUCAUGGACAUUAAAUGAAAACUUUUCUGAUAUUCAGGAAGUGACCCAGUUCUGCACCACUGAUUUUUGUAGCUAUCCCGUAAGGCUGCUGGCUGAAAGCUGUGUCUAUGCAACCUUCCAAGUGCGGAGUGUCAACCAACUGGACAGGAGAGAGCACUGCCUCCUACUCCAGAACUCAAAACAAAUAAAGCUCAUCCAGCUGUACUUCAAAAAAAUAAUUCCAUGUUUUGUAUAUAUCUGACAAAACUGGCAACGUUAUACAGACUACUGACUUGAAGACCACCUCUUUUGUAUUUCUCUGUUUCUGGGCUGAUGAGUUGGUUUCAUCCAUUUUUCCCCAUCAGAAUUUCCCUUGGAAAAAGUACUAGCUUAGCUGGUCAUUUCUUUGUAAGGUAGAUAGAAAUUUUAAGUCUUUCUUUGGGCAACUUCUUUUUUUUUUUUUUUUUUUUUUUUUU